UUUUUUUAAUAAAGUUUGUUCACAAUAAGAAAAGAGAUAAACCAAUUUUUCAAAAGAAAAAGAAAAAAAGAGAAAAACCAAUGGCAGCACCGCAGUUCAGGCGCCGGCUUCAAUGGCUUCGGACUUUCAUUUUGGCCGGCGAAACCUCACCUUAAUCGCUAUUUAUCAUGACGACGAUCAACCCGUUCACGGCCAUAAUACCCAUCUAUUCACAAAAUUAUAUACCAAGCAACAGAACGACAGUGUUUCCAUUACUCCAAUUCCAAAACCCCUAAUUCCUCCUCUUUCUAUUUUGUCCUUGUUUGCUGCUUCAAAAAUUUCUUUAUUCCCUCUUUUCGAUGACGGAGCUGUGAAGGAAUUCCCAACCCCACUAUUUACUAACUUCUCUUUCAUCUAAUGUUGCUUUCUUUACUCUCCUGUCUUCACUCCUCUCCUUUGUGUCCACUUAUUUCUCAUGAACUGGAAGCAAGAAGAGCGGUGUGCAAUUAAAAUCUCUCAUUCUUGAAGAAAUUCACGAGGUUUCCAUGCACAAACGCAAACACUUGAUUCUCCGUUUGAUCCAAACCACCUAUACAUGCCUCUUAAAUUCUUCUUGGUUUUCAUUUUGUUUAUUGAUAUUUUUGCUAUUCCUCUCCCUCAUUUUUGGGUUCUGGGCGACCAGUGAAAAUGAGUCAACUCACUCUCUAUGUGAUAUUGCAGGAAGCUGCCCGGAGAGAAAGAGAAGUGACAACGAUUUUUGGGUUGCUGAGGCAGCAAAUGGACGGUGUAGAUGCGAGGAGACGAACGAGGAUGAGUCUAAAGGAACGCCUAGGAUUGAGAGGCUUGGGUUGUUGCGGGGCCACAUGGGGAUUCAGGCCUACCACCAUUAGCGUCAGAGACGAUGAGGAAGAGGCAGUAGAACAAGAACGAGAAGAAAUAGAUGUCAUAAAUAGGGGAUCAAAUCCCACAGAGGGAAUAUCGGAUCCGGGAUGUCCGGCUACACCUUCGAUUCCGGCAUCCUCAAGUGUGAACUUAGCAGCGGCAUUAGCUGCGGAGCGACAACUAAGGGAGGCAAGUAUUACAGAUCCGAGAACAAACAACGUGGAAGCGAUAGCAGCGCCGCUGAGGGUGUCUUUGAUGAGACUGCUAGAGGAAACGGACGGCGGAGAUGAGGAAGUGGGCGGUAAAGUAGCAGUGGGAAGCGAUGCUGUGUGCUGCGUGUGCAUGGUGAGGAAAAAAGGCGCAGCGUUUAUCCCAUGUGGGCAUACGUAUUGCAGGGUGUGUUCAAGGGAGCUUUGGCUGAAUCGAGGGUCUUGUCCCCUUUGUAAUCGAUCAAUUCUCGAGAUUCUCGACAUUUUCUAAUGGGGAAUGAUGAUGAUGAAGAAGGAAGAUACUGAAUUGGGCCUUGGUUGAACUUAAAGCAAUGCCAAUGGGCUUCUAGAGUAGUGUACAAAAUUGGCUUUGCUGAAGGGUUCUCAUGAUAGGAUAUUUUUUAAUCUAUGAUUUUGUUUGCUUUUCUU